AUGCCCGCGCCGCAGGUCCCUGAAAAACCUCCCCAGACUCCCGCAAAGUCAAAGGCUACAACUCAAAAACCUACGAAAUCUACCCCUCUUGCGCUCAAAGUUUAUCUAGUGGCAUACAAUGUCAUCUCUACACUUGGAUGGGCUUACAUUCUUACCUUAACCCUCAUCCACCUCUUCAACCUCGACGGCAAAGCCGAUGCUGUCCAAGCUCCCCGCGGAAAAUCCGCCAUGUCGGUACUAUCUCGUUUAACCUCCACCGUGUCUUUACCCAAGGCCCUCAGAUUCUUCGCGUCCAACAACGUUCAAUCGCGUCUUCCUUCGUAUCUGCAGCCAAUCUACCGUCGCUCAGCGACGACGUUCUCCCGCGUUGGCCCGCAGACCGCGUUCGUACAAACUUUUGCUGUGAUGGAAAUCGUCCAUGUGUUAUUGGGAUGGGUGCGCAGCCCAUUGCAGACCACUGUUAUGCAAGUCUCGAGCAGACUUUUCCUGGUCUGGGGCAUUGCUGAACAAUUCCCCGAGGUUCGUUCCAACCCACUGUAUACCAGCAUGGUUCUCGCGUGGUCUGCCACAGAAGUCAUUCGGUACACCUUCUACGCAUUCAACCUGCUCGGCAAAAACCUCUACGUUCUUCUUUAUUUGCGUUAUACGACCUUUUAUAUUUUGUACCCCAUUGGCGCUUCAUCCGAAGCCUUCCUCACCUAUGCCACCCUUCCCGCCUCGUCUCCCAUUCCUGGAUGGCAAUCAUGGCUUCAGGGCAUGUGGAAACUUACUGACUAUGUCCGUGGCAUUUUGUUCCUUAUCUGGUGGCCCGGUCUCUACGUUAUGUACACUUACAUGAUUGCGCAAAGGCGCAAAGUCCUCGGCAAAUCGGCGCCAAAAACUCUGAAGACAAACUAA